ACAAGUUGCUUUCACAUUAUAAAGUUCAAUAAAAAAGAAGGACAUUUGAUAAAAACCGAUUUCUUAUUAAAAAAUAUUAAUAAAAUUUUAAAAGUAAAAAAAGUAUUCGUAAAUUAAUUUCGCAUAAAAAAGUAUAUUAUAAAUUUUAAGCUAAUAAUGUUAAGUAAUUCAAAUUUAUCAAUUGCUGUAAUUUGUUCAUCUAAUAUGAAUCGGUCAAUGGAAGCGCAUGGAUUCUUGGCAAAAAAAGGUUUUAAAGUAAAAUCAUUUGGAACUGGAGAAAAAGUUAAACUGCCUGGUACAGCAAUCGAUAAGCCAAAUGUUUAUGAAUUUGGACGAACCUAUGAUGAUAUUUAUAAUGAUCUAGUUGCUAAAGAUAAACUUUAUUAUACACAAAAUGGAUUACUUCACAUGUUAGAUAGAAAUCGAAGAAUUAAGAAGUGUCCUGAAAGAUUUCAAGAUUGCAAGGAACGCUUCGAUAUUAUAGUAACAGUAGAGGAAAGAGUUUAUGAUCAAGUAAUUGAUUUCAUGGAAUCCCAAGAACCAACUUUAAAUCAGCCAGUUCAUUUGAUUAACGUAGAUGUUCAAGAUAAUCACGAAGAUGCCACUCUUGGAGCUUUUUUAAUAUGUGAUUUGAUAACAAUGAUGUCACAGUCAGAAGACUUAGAUAAUGAUAUUGAUGAACUAUUACAUGAUUUUGAAGCAAAUCGGCAAAGAGCCGUUCUUCAUAGCGUUUUAUUUUACUGAUAUAUUUUAUUUAGAAAAUUAUUUUUUUUGUGAAAAGCCUGUUAUUAAAACUAAAAUCAUUUUACCUAAAAUUUAUUAAUAUAAUUAUACCAUUAAGUAUAAUUAGGAUUAUAAAUUAAAAAUUGAUAAUAAUUUGUAUUAAAAUAUUGUAUAAUUGUCAAUUUCAUGAUAAAAUAAAAUUUAUUUAUUUUUUACAGAUUUUUCCUCGACUUCACAAUAUAUUUUAAAAAAUUACAUAUAAAUAUCAUUAAAAAAUUUUAAUUAGAAUUUUUUUUUCAUCAUUAUUUUUGCUUUGUAUUU